AUGGUGUUCAUCGGCAAACCGUCAAGAGCGUGUGCUCAUUGCAGAAGGAGGAAGCUUCGUGUAACUACCCUCCCUCCCUCUGGAAAGGCCCCUCUAACCAUCGCCAAGUGCGACCUCCGCAGGGCCGCCUGUGGUCAAUGUGUGAGAGCCGGCCUCACAUGCUCCGGCUACCGCGACCCGGACCAGUUGAGAAUUCGAGAUGAGAGCGAAUCGACGAGACAAAGGGCUCUCAGCCGUCGAUCUAAAUUGGACGUGCAGACCAUCCAGAUUUCCAUUGAAGAGGCGGCCAGAGCCGCCUUCUUUUCUCACUAUGUCAAUGGACUGGCCAAAACCUAUGAUGUUCUCGGAAGCAUUGACAAACAAUCCCCGCUGGACAAACAUCUGGCAGCCAGCGUUGAGGCUGCUAGUCUGGCAUUCUUCUAUUUCCAGCACUACUCCGUGCGUGCUGCACGGCCUGCCCGGGAAAAGUACUUGUUGGCUCUGUCGCUGGUAAACAGGGCUCUGGGGUCGCCCGACCUAGCGGCUCGUGAUUCGACCUUGCUGGCGGUGCUCCUCCUAGACUUGUUCGAGAAGAUCAUGAACAACAACCCCAGGUCGUCUCCUUCCUGGAUGAGCCACGUCAAUGGCGCCUUGGCCCUUGUCAAGGUGCGAGGCACGAAUCAGUUUCAUACUUACGUGGGGCUUCGACUUUCAGUGCGGCUUUUCUCUAACAUACUCAUUAGCUGCAUUGCAGCCGAUGCUCCAGUCCCACCCGCGAUGUACAAGCUGCGUCAGGAUAUCGAGCCCUUCCUUGGUACCAUUGAUCCAAAAUGGCAAGUUUCACAGCUUGUGAUGGAGUAUACCACUCUUCGCGGAGCAAUACAUGAUGGGCAUUUCGUCACUUCGGAAGUGAUUGUACAGGCAAAACUACUGGACGAUAAGUUCAGGAUGCUCGCGGAAACCUUACCACGGUCCCGGAUUUCUCGCAGGAUCCCAGUCCAAUGGCAAUCAGACGAGGUCGUGGACCAGUAUUACGAUGUCUACCCAGAUCUUCUUACAGUGCAGGCUUGCAAUGUGAUUCGAAUGAUCAGGAUCUUACUCCACGACACAUGUCGAUCGGCAUACAUGGACAUGGCAUCCAGGCAUGACGGUCCGCUCUUGAACCAGCAUAUUCGAUGUGCUACGCAGAUGAUUGAUGCACUGGCACUAGAGAUACUGCCGGCCGAACCACGAUGUGCUGGAAUUGACCAUGGUUGCGAAAGCACCGAUGACUUCUCGCCAUCGCAGAAAAUGCAUUGCUAUACUCUUCUGUUCCCGUUCUAUGUGGCUGGAAUGUAUGCAAGUCCAGGAAGCGGAAUUCCAGAUCAGAUUAUGCUCCAUUUAAAGUCGAUGGCAAGCACCUCGGGUGUCAAGAAUGCCAGCGUCGUCGCUGACAUGCUCGCCGCCUCAGAGCGACUUCCCCCAUGGAGUAUCUAUGCCAUUCUGGGAAGCUAUGCGUUUGCAGCAUAG